GAAAGUUGUCUGUACAGUAUAAUACGACUAUGGCAGUAUUUCAUCACACUGAGGGACUUGUUCUCCAAUGAUCGCGUGUUGCUUCUUAUCAACAUUCCGAGUCACAAAUAGCUAACCUUUCGUAAAGUGAAAGCGGGUGAAAGCUCCUGCAGCUAGGCGCUCCUAUCGGUCGGCAUUUAGCAAGCCUCUGUCCACACAGUGCGGAAGGGAGUACGGGAAAGAUGGGACACAUGUCAGCAUUCAGUUGGAAUGUAGGGGGCUUGGCAUGUGAGUGAGAUGCCAGAGUAGUUUACAUUCAUAACGUUUGUUUAUUAGAGACAUUUAGGUGUGAUAGCCUACCUAGAUUUGAGACUCAAGUAGGACAUGCUGCUUACAAACAAUAGCUAUUGACAGCGAGGACAGAAGUAGAAAACGGCAUUUACCGACAGAGCGAGCUGUCAACUGUGCCGCCUCCCCUCCUCUACACAGUGGUCCAGGACGGUCUGACACGAGUUGGCUGGGUUCACAGACCAUUCGCCUGCUCACCGCAUGAGGCCGUGGAAGUGAAGUGGCACCAUCGUGCUCCUUGCAUUGUGUGCACCUUUGCCUCGCACAGGAUCUUGCAGGGUGUUAAUGUGAGAGGUCACCAUCCACUCGCCGCCUUUGUGCUUCCCCCGCCGUGUGAAUCGCCAUGUCGAUGAGCAGUGACGCUGCCAAGAUUGGCGACAGGGUGGCCGCCCUCUCCAUGGCAGACGCCGCGGCCACCUCCGGGACGGCCGAUGCCUCCAACGGCGUGAGGAACGGCGCCGCUGCGAAGAAAACGCACGUCGCCCAGCGGCCGCAGCUCUCGGGCAGGAAGAUGUCGCUACAGGAGCGGGGCAUCUGCCAGUCAGCAGGAGGAGGAGGGCACCCGCACACAUCCCCCCGAGUGGCCCGCAGGCCCACCAUCGAGUCCAAGUGUAUCUCCAUCUCCGACUCCCAGGACUGCAUGCGGCUGAACCAGUACAAGCUCCAAAGUGAGAUAGGCAAGGGCUCCUAUGGGGUAGUGAAACUAGCCUACAAUGAAGACGACGAUAAGUAUUAUGCAAUGAAAGUGGUGUCGAAGAAGAAGCUGAUGAAACAAUGUGGAUUCCCCCGCCGUCCACCUCCCCGAGGCCCAAAAGCAGCUCAGGGGGAGCAGCCCAAAGUUCUAGGCCCCUUGGAGCGGGUUUACCAGGAGAUCGCCAUCCUCAAGAAACUGGACCACCUCAACAUAGUGAAGCUGGUGGAGGUUCUUGACGACCCAAGUGAGGACAAACUGCACAUGGUGUUUGAGCUGAUGCAGAAGGGACCUGUGAUGGAGGUACCCACGGACAGCCCCUUCACUGAGGAGCAGACGCGUCUCUAUUUUAGGGACAUGGUCCUCGGCAUUGAGUACCUGCACUACCAGAAGAUCGUCCACCGGGACAUCAAGCCGUCCAACCUGCUGCUGGGCGACGACGGCCAUGUGAAGAUCGCCGACUUUGGCGUCAGCAACCAGUUCGAGGGAAACGACGCGCUGCUGUCCAGUACUGCCGGCACGCCGGCCUUCAUGGCGCCCGAGACCCUCUCGGACGUGCGCAAGAGCUUCAGUGGGAAGGCUCUGGAUGUGUGGGCCAUGGGAGUGACCCUCUACUGUUUUGUCUUUGGCAAGUGCCCCUUUAUUGAUGAAUACAUCUUGGCUCUUCACAACAAAAUCAGGAGUAAGCCUGUGGAGUUUCCUGAAACGCCAACCAUUAGUGAAGAGCUGAAAGACCUCAUCCUAAAAAUGUUGGACAAGAAUCCAGACACCAGGAUCACAAUACCGGAGAUCAAACUGGACCCGUGGGUGACGCAGAAGGGAGCAGACCCGCUGCCUCUAGAGGAGGAGCACUGCUCUGCUGUGGAGGUGACGGAGGAGGAGGUGCAGAACUCGGUCAAGUGUGUGCCCAGCCUGUCUACUGUGAUCCUGGUGAAGUCCAUGCUGAGGAAGCGGUCGUUUGGGAAUCCGUUUGAGUGCCCGAGCAGGAGGGAGGAGAGGUCCAUGUCCGCCCCUGGAAGCCUAUUAAUGGACUCGUGGCCGUUUCGCCCCUCUCUAAAAAAACUCCACCCCUCCUUAAGAAAAGGGAGUAGUGGCGAGGCGGGCCGUGAUUUGGAGCUGGAGGACCUGCAUGAAGACGAACCCCCCUCCUCCUGAGAGGCCCCUCUGACCCCGCCUGCCCCUGUGGCCCCUGGUCUCGUGUGUGCCCCCCCCCCCCCCCCCCCCCCCCCAACCCAGCCCUUUAGCUACUCCACUCACCCACUCACUUCUCUACUCUUAACUCUCACAUAAGCUCGACCUUCAACCCCGGUUUGACCCUUGUGACCCCUGUGCCACCCCUCCUGCAGUUACAGUGCAUAUAUAUACAUAUAUCUUCUCUCCAGCGUUGUACUCUGAAUGUCACUACCAUCCUGAUUAUAAGCAGCUAAGGCAUGUUCAAGUUCACAUCUAUCCUUGACUAAUGGCUAAUAGCAGUUUGUCGCUAAGCUAUCACUCAAUUCGGUGGAAUUUCAACCCACGCACUGAUAAUUUCAGGGCUCAUUCUUUGUUGAGAGAGUACAUUGGAAGCGGGAAGGAAUGUUGUGUGGUCAUCUGAACACUUUGAACACUUUAAGAGUUCAUUAUUUGUGAUCCAAAUCCAGCUACCCUUUUGAAGAAAAUGUUCAUAUGCACCCACACACAAACAAACAAACAAACUGUCCAUACAUACAUACCUAAAUGCAAACAUAAUACAUACUGUGUAUACAUAAACUGUACAUGGACCAGGAAACCUUAUAAGCUAUCACAAUCCCAUUCCUUUUCAUUCAUACAUGCAUUUCCACUGAGAGGAUGCACUUGUGGAGAGCUGCUAUUCCUCACAUCAGAGCGCUAGCUUCAGCCAGCCUGCUCGCGUCGUGUCCAUUCCCUGCUGAGCCAGGCCUCCUAGUGGCCACAGGAUCUGGAUUUGAGCCACUCCCCUUCUUCACAUAUCCAUGACGGCCGAACUCUUCACCACAAAGAGAGAGAAAGAUGGAGAGAGAGAGAAGGACCGAAUCAGUGGACAGGAAAGCAGUCUCCCAUGGUCAGCUGGCAUGCACAGGAGGAGAGCAUCGAUUCAGGCAACUGUGGGGCCUGGAUGGUGCCUUGGGAAGGUCCUGCGUGUCUGUCCCCUGCACUCUCUCUCUCUCUGUGUGUGUGUGUGUGUUUGUGUGUGUGUGUGUUUGUGUGUGUGUGUGUGUGUGUGUGUGUGUGUGUGUGUCAGCUUAUCUGUGCCGGCAUGCGCUCUCGCUCUCUGCCACAGACACCAGCCAGCCACUCGAAUGCCGCCAAUCAAAACUCAAGGCAGAAAAGAUCUGUGUGUGUGUGUGUGUGUGUGUGUGUGUGUGUGUGUGUGUGUGUGUGUGUGUGUGUGCAUGGUUUAUUUAGUUUUUCCAUGAAGCCUUUUUUGUAGAAAUGGCAAAGGAGGAGCUCAGUGGCCAUAUUGACUUUGUGGAGUCAGAACAUGAACGCUAACUAACGAGAGGUCAACGCUAUGUAGCCUCUCCUGGAUUUCUAGCACACUGUUUUGUUAUAUGUAAAUACUGUAUGUAAAUUAUGUUUACUGUCUGUUUGUUAGUCUCCCCUUUGCUUCCCCAGCAGUGUCUAGCAUUAUGCCUACUUUGGCUGUUUUAUUUUUUUUCUCGUCAACACACAGUUUUGAUUGUAUCCCUAUGAUGCACUAACCAAAUAAUGCUGUUCCCAGGUUGUCAAAACAUUGUGUUGCUGUGGCUCUCUAUUUGCAUGCGUAUAUUCCACAAGUGUGGUCAGAAGAUCUCAACAUCAGAUGGUAAAUGUGGUAUCAGUACGUUGCCCUGUCUUUACCUACAGGAAUAAGACCGGUAGGCGGAUGCACUGGCACGGUCUGCUCGCUCAGUAUGGAGUCUCAUAACGACGGAUGAUUACGAGUAAUUACGAUAAGGAGUAAUUACGAGCAUGCUGCAGGGACCUGUCAGAGAGGGCACACAUUUUGGCGAAGGGGAAGUUGUGGGGAAGUAGCAGGUGUUUAAAGUGAGAGAAGAUAUUGAGAAAUGAAGUGUAAAGCACAUUCAAAUGUUUACCUUUCCUCGUGCGUGUGACCUGCAAGUGUUUUUGUAAGGAGCAUGGUAUUGACUGAGUGGGUUGGUAUGUCAUUUAGAAUGCCUUUAAUCCUCUUCUCUUCUCUCUCUCUCUCUCUCUCUCUCUCUCUCUCUCUCCUCUCUCUCUCUCUCUCUCUCUCUUCCUAUGUGUUCUUUACACCCUUGUAGUCAA